ACGGGCAGGCCGGGCGGGCCUGCAGCCGGCGCCGGGAUGGUGCACCUGUACAACCUGCACCCGUUCGGGUCGCAGCAGGUGGUGCCCUGCAAGCUGGAGCCCGAGCAGUUCUGCGGCGGGGGGCGCGACGCGCUGUUCGUGGCUGCGGGCUGCAAGGUGGAGGCGUUCACGGUGGUCGGCCAGGAGCUGUGCCAGCCGAGGUGCGCCUUCUCCACGCUGGGCAGGGUGCUGCGCAUGGUCUACAGCGAGGCGGGAGACUACUUGGUAGCAAUUGAAGAGAAAAACAAAGCCACAUUUCUGCGUGCCUAUGUGAACUGGAGAAGUAAAAAGACUGAGAACUCUCGUGUGUGCAUUCGAAUGGUUGGGCACAAUGUGGAGGCACCCUUCAGAGAGACCUUCAGAGACCAGAUGUCUAUUGUUGAAAUGCCCCUUUCUGAAGCCCCCUUGUGCAUUUCCUGUUGCCCAGUGAAAGGAGACCUCCUUGUUGGGUGCACAAAUAAGUUAGUGUUAUUUAGUUUGAAGUAUCAGAUCAUUGAUGAGGAAUUCUCAGUAUUGGACUUUGAACGUUCUUUAAUUGUACAUAUAGAUUGCAUCAGUCCUGUUGAAAUUUCUUUUUGUGUUGGAUAUGUUGCUGUCAUGUCAGACUUAGAAGUCUUAAUCCUAAAACUGGAGUCGGACCCUAAAAAUGGGGAGAGAGUUAAUCACCAUUCGCAUAAGACCCACACUCCAGUGAAACACACAGAAGAAGGCACUGGCAAUAAAACUUCACAGCUUGAGACAGAUGAUUUUGUGAUCUGCCAAAAGCCCAUGGAACUUCUUGGUGAGAAGAGUGAGCAGUCUGGGCUCUUGGUCACGCUGGAGUCCACGGGAUGGGCUGAUGAAAGCACAAAAUACUCCCACGUUCAGCACCUGCUCUACAGACGUUUUACUCCUGAUAUCUCGUUCUACAGCCCGUCUGAUGAAAUCAAGUUGCACUCCCUUCACCUGCUCCCCAUUUACCACACAGGUUCGCUUACUUCUGAUGGAAAAAAUUUGUCUCAGGAAAAAGAGUUGCUGAGUCUCUUUUGCUUUUUCUCCCUACCUCAUGUGGGCUAUCUCUACAUGGUUGUCAAGUCUGUUGAAUUAAUGUCAAUCUACCAAUACCCUGAGAAGUCUCAGCAGGCCGUGCUCACGCCACAGUUUUUACACGUCAUCACAAGCAACAACCUACAGUGCUUCACGGUGCGGUGCAGCGCAGCGGCCGCUCGCGAGGAGGACCCGUACAUGGACACCACCCUGAAGGCUUGCCCACCUGUCAGUUUGGAUGUCUGUGCUUUAAGAAUACAGCUUUUCAUAGGCUUGAAAGCCAUCUGUCACUUUAAAAACCACAUCAUACUCUUGACCAAAGCAGAGCCUGAGGCUGUUCCUGAGAGAAAAGAGUCACCCAAGAGGCUUCUUUCUAGGAAGGAUACCAGUGUUAAGAACAGAAUACCUCCCACAGUCGAGGCUGGGUGGAAUUUGUACAUUGUGAAUACCGUCUCGCCAAUGCAGCUCUACAAAGAAAUGGUCGACUACAGCAACACCUACAAGACCAUAAAAACCCAGAGCUGCAUCCACCUCCUCAGCGAGGCUCAUCUGUUGGUGAGGGCAGCCCUGAUGGAUGCCGGCCAGCUAGAACCUGGAGAGAAAGCAGAGCUUUUGGAAGCAUUUAAAGAAAGCUGUGGGCACCUCGGAGACUGUUACAGCAGACUGGACACCCAGCAUUCCCACCUGGCCUUGCCGUACUAUAAGAUGUCUGGUUUGACCAUGGCUGAAGUCUUGGCGCGUGUGGACUGGGCAGUGGACAGUGAACCACAGAAAUACGAGAAGGGAUUAAUCUUUUAUAUUAAUCAUUCACUUUAUGAAAACCUGGAUGAAGAACUAAGUGAAGAAUUAGCAGCAAAAGUGGUUCAGAUGUUUCACGUGACUGAGCCGAAGCAACUGCCCCAUGUUCUCUGCAGCCCUUCCAUGAAGAAUAUUAAUCCUUUAACUGCCUUGAGCUACCUGAACAAGUUGGAUACUUAUGGAUUUGCCUCAAUCCUAGUGACACUGACCAAAGCAGCAGUGGCUCUGAAAAUGGGAAAUCUCGACAUGUACAGAGAUGAAAUGAAAAGCUAUUCGGAGAUGAAGUUGGCGUGUGGCUUCAUUCUGGAACCUCGGCUGCUGAUUCAACAGAGGAAGGGACAGAUGGUUCCAACCCAGCUUGCAGCGCACCUGAGAGAGACGCAGCCUGGCUUGCUCGUGGCUGCGGUCCUGGGCUUGCAGAAGAACAACAAAAUCGGAAUUGAAGAGGCUGAUUCUUUCUUUAAGGUGCUCUGUGGUCAGGACGAAGAUACGAUUCCUCAGCUCUUGGUAGACUUCUGGGAAGCUCAAUUAGUGGCCUGUCUCCCAGACGUGGUACUUCAGGAACUCUGUUUCAAGCUCACAUCACAGUACAUCUGGAGAUUGUCUAAGAGGCAGCCUCCUGACACUACCCCGUUGCAAACAUCAGAGGAUCUGAUAAAUGCCUGCAGUCACUUUGGCUUAAUCUACCCGUGGGUUGAUGUCUUGAUAUCAUCUGAUUCCUUAGCUGAUAAAAAUUACAAAGAAGACCUUUCAAAAUUACAAUCUCUUAUCUGUGGUCCUUCAUUUGACAUAGCUUCCAUCAUUCCCUUCUUGGAGCCACUCUCGGAAGACACUGUUGCUGGCCUCAGUGUCCACGUUCUGUGUCGUACUCGCCUGAGAGAGUAUGAGCAGUGCUUGGACACGCUGCUGGAGAGAUGCCCGCAGGCGGUCAUUCCAUACGCUAAUCACGAACUGAAAGAAGAGAACCGGACUCUGUGGUGGAAAAAACUGCUGCCUGAGCUUUGUCAGAGAAUAAAAUGUGGUGGAGAGAAGUAUCAACUUUACCUGACAUCACUGAAAGAAGUGCUUUCCAUCGUCGCUAUGGAACUGGAGCUCAGGGAUUUCUUGAACGUCCUCCCAGAAGAUGGCACUGCUGCAUUCUUCUUGCCCUAUCUUCUUUACUGCAGUCGCAAAAAAUCACUGACUUGAAGUGUCUUUUGAAAGUAGCACAUGAAGCUGCAUUUUAAAAAUUCAUUGCCAGGUACAGAUACAAGCAAAGGGUUUUUUUUUUUUUUUUAAUUUUUUUAUUUUUUACAUAUCUCAGAUUCUUUCAGGGUGCUUCAUGUAGUGGGUAACCACUAAUUUCUAAAUUUAUAACCUGAAUCCCUUUAAUUGCCCAGAAUGUAAAAGAGCUUCAAGACAUAAGAAUGCUUCAAGGAAGCCACAUAUUUAAAAGUGGAUACUGAUUUUUAUUCCAGAAAACACCACCGAUUUCUUGUUCUUGGAGACAUGACAAUCUUUUUCUAUCCCAGGAACACUCGAGGAAAUAUUUUACAAGUUUAUUUGAAUAUUACUUUAGAGCACCAGAAUUUUUAUCUUCUGGAUUUUUCCAGAUUUUUCUAUUGUGUUACUUUCAAAAAAUAAUAAUAAUUUUCUCUUGAGGAAGAUGUAAAUGUUUUGCCACAGUAAAAGAUUUCCAACUCUAUCUUCUUGUUACUUUUAAAUCCUAUGCUGUUUCUUUCUGCAUCAGAUGAAGUAAAUGUUCACAAACCUCACUUCCUGUCUGGAUGUUGGCAUCAUUUGUUGAAUGCAUGCUUUCCAGCCCAAGCCUUGUAUCUGUUUCCUGUUGAUGUAUACUCCUGUUGCUCUUGCAGCUGGAGCAUUUGUGACAAUAAAGCACUGUAUCAUGAUA